AUGUUAAUACAACAUUUAUCAUGGUUAACAACAUUAAUUCGUGAUGCUGAGCAGAUAAAUAACGAUCACACUCUGUUGGUUACCAGAAUCAACCAAUUAAAUAACGUAUUACUCAAAUGCAAAUAUCACAUAAACGAGUUACAAUCAUCAGUUUCCGAAACGAAUCAGCAUCUUAAUGGAAUUCAUCUCAAUCAUCUGCGUCUGCAAGAAGAAUUAACGAAUGUAAAGAACAGUAUUCCACCACCAGCAGGUCAUGACGGUAGCCUAACAUGGAAAAUAACAGAUGUUCAGAAUAAAAUUGAUAUUGCUCGGUCAGAUCCUCAGUCCUAUCUCAAUUCACCACCGUUUUUCUCUUCAUCCACCGGCUACAAAAUGAAAGUCAUACUCUAUUUAAACGGUGAUGGUGAAGCUCAUUGUAAACACAUCUCAUUAUAUUUUAUGAUAAUGCAAGGAGAAUUCGACUCUAUUCUCCACUGGCCAUUCAAUUUCGAAAUUACCUUCAGUCUCAUCGAUCAGUCAAAUCAACAGCGACACAUCACUGAAACAUUCCACCCAGAUUCAAAAAGUGUCGUUUGUCACAGACCUCUUUCAGAUACAAAUGAAGCCACUGGUAUACAAAAGUUCUGCUCAUUAGAUUCACUUGGUCACUACAUUCAGGAUGAUGUCAUGUUCAUUAAAAUUAACAUCGAUUUCGUCGCAAUUCCAGCGUGUCCUACAAUCAGUCUACCAGUCUCCUCACCAACAUGUACACAGUUAUCUGUUGUCGCCACGGAUGAAAGGCGUCAAUCAAUGCCUGAUGAUAACAACGAAUUUCGCCUUUGCAUUGCUGGUCAACCAAAUGCACCACUCUAUUCAGUCCAUCCAUCACCCUAG